UUGAUCCUUUCUCGCCAUUUUCUUCUACUAUUUGGGCGAAGCCCUUGAUCCGAAGAACUUCUCGCAACGAGGUCCUCCUGAAUCCUUCGAUUCAGUCCCUACAUUUUCCCCCGCCAACGGCGCCAAUCGCGUCCCCUUGUCGGUCCGAGCCGAACGACCUCGGAUUCGAAGGAAAUUGCCGUGCUUGGUGGCGCCAUUCCCUGGAUCUUCGAGACGAGAUCAAAUUUGCGGGAUUACAGGGCCUUCGAGAAAUUUGAGCUAUUUUGGAUCGCGGAAGCUAUCCAGAUGGGCGUGGAUUUAUACUUUCUAAUGGAGAGUUUUGUGAGGAAGAAGAGUUGCAAAUGAUCUUAUCUCUUAGUUUUGCCAUCCAUUGAUCUCUUUAGGAGUUCUGUGGUUACAAUGCAUGCAUUCCGAUAUUGGGACCGGUUCCCAAGCGGUUCCUGGGCUUCAAUCUUCAAAGAACUUAACUCGGGGUGAAUCACUGGCUUGAGAUGGCUUGAAUCUGAAUUUGGGUUCGAAUUGGCUUUGAAUCUAAUGGGUAGAUGAAUAAUCUGCAUUUCUCUUCUCUAGAACAAAACGUGCUACAUGUUCUUUUACGGGGCAGGUUCAGAUGCUGUCGUAUUCUUCUUAUUGUUCAGAGGAGUGGUGUUCUUCACGCAUGCAAUGCCUGACAUUAGAUCGCAGAUGGCAGAUUCCGUAAGAUCUGGUUCCCUCGAGAGGGAUAUCGAACAGGCAAUUAUAGCCCUCAAGAAAGGAGCAUGUUUACUUAAGUAUGGACGCAGAGGAAAGCCAAAAUUUUGCCCUUUCAGGCUUUCUAAUGAUGAGUCCACAUUGAUUUGGUAUUCAGGAAAAGUGGAGAAACAACUUAUACUAAAUCAUGUUUCAAAAAUUAUACCUGGGCAACGGACUCCUAUAUUUCAGCGAUAUCCAAGGCCUGAUAAGGAAUACCAGUCAUUUUCACUUAUAACCAAGGACAGGUCUCUAGAUCUGAUUUGCAAGGACAAGGAUGAAGCCGAAGUUUGGUUUGUUGGUUUGAAGGCCUUAAUUUCAUGUGGAAAUUAUCAGAAGAAAUCAGAAUCAAAAGGACAAAGAAUAUCUGAUCCAAAUACACUUGCUCAAAGAAGUCUUCCACUGAUUUCACCAUCUUGUGAUACUUAUACAUUCCAAAAGGAUGCUGGAGAUGCCCCAAGGACAUAUGAGAAUCCUCCAGUUAGCAGCUUCGCAAAGGUAUUUUCUGAUGUGAUACUAUACACUGCAGCCACCAAAAGCUCCACUCAGUCAGAGUCGGUACGCAAUUCUGUGAGUUCACUCUCAUCUGGAGGUGUGGAUAAUUCAACCGGACAGAGCUCUGCAGUUGAAACUUCUAGAGUUAGUUUAUCUAGUGCAAUAAGCACAUCCAGUAACGGGUCAUGCCAUGGCGAUUUUGAUGCCCUGGGUGAUAUUUUCAUCUGGGGAGAAGGCAUAGGCGAGGGGGUUCUUGGUGGUGGUCUUCAUAGGAUUGGAAGUUCAUAUGCAACCAAAACAGAUGCUCCUUUGCCAAAAGCUCUGGAAUCAGCUGUAAUGCUCGAUGUCCACCAUAUAGCUUGUGGUAGUAGGCAUGCGGUUUUAGUCACCAAACAGGGUGAAGUCUUUAGUUGGGGUGAAGAGCUGGGAGGCAGGCUUGGACAUGGUGUAGAUGCUGAUGUUUCCCAACCAAAGCUUGUUGAUGCUCUAGGUGGUAUGAACAUUGAACUUGUAGCAUGUGGAGAGUUUCAUACAUGUGCUGUCACUUUGUCAGGAGACCUUUACACAUGGGGUGAUGGUAUUCACAAUUCUGGUCUUCUUGGGCAUGGAAGUGAGGCUAGUCAUUGGAUUCCUAAACUAGUAGCUGGUCAAAUGGAAGGCCUGCUUGUGACAUCAGUAUCUUGUGGACCGUGGCAUACAGCCGUUGUAACAUCUGCUGGGCAGUUAUUCACAUUUGGUGAUGGUAUAUUUGGUGCUCUAGGCCAUGGAGACCGUAAAAGCGCGAAUAUGCCGAGAGAAGUGGAAGCUUUGAAGGGAUUGCGCACUGUGAGGGCAGCUUGUGGUGUCUGGCAUACUGCUGCAGUUGUGGAAAUAACAGUGGAAUCUACAGAUAAUGGUAACCCUGCAUCUGGAAAGUUGUUUACAUGGGGAGAAGGGGAGAAAAGCCAACUUGGACAUGGUGAUAGAGAACCUAGAUUAGUUCCAGCAUGUGUGGCCGCUUUAUCUGAGCCAAGCUUUUGUCAGGUGGCCUGUGGGAAUGACGUUACUGUUGCUCUCACAACUUCUGGACAAGUUUAUACGAUGGGGAGCACUGUUCAUGGACAGCUUGGGAAUCCUGUAGCAGAUGGAAAGCUUCCCACAUGUAUUGAAGGAAAACUUUCAAACAAUUUUGUUGAAGAAAUAGCAUGUGGUUCUUAUCAUGCUGCAGUUUUGACUUCUAGAACUGAAAUCUACACCUGGGGUAAGGGAGCUAAUGGUCAGUUAGGCCAUGGAGACAACGAUGAUCGUACUACGCCCACACUUGUUGAAGCUUUGAAGGACAAGCAAGUUAAGAGUGUCGCAUGUGGUGCAAAUUUUACUGCUGUCAUCUGCCUUCAUAAAUGGGUGUCAAGUGCUGAUCAAACUGUAUGCUCUGGUUGCCGCCUUCAAUUUGGUUUCAGAAGAAAGCGUCAUAACUGUUAUAACUGUGGUCUGUUUUUCUGCAAAGCAUGCAGUAGCAGAAAAUCUGUAAAGGCAUCUUUAGCACCAAAUGUUAAUAAACCUUAUCGUGUAUGCAAUGAAUGCUAUGUUAAACUUAAAAAGAUCACAGGGUCAGGAAUUGUUUCUCGAAUUCCAAAACAUCAACAUGGAAACCAAAAACAAAUUUCCAAUGAGAUUACUGAAAAAGAAUCUGUUUCUUCAAGAUUGCAUGGACAAUGCUCUAGGAUUUCUUCAGUUGGUUCCUUCAAAGGCGAAAGCAGGCAUUCCAAGUUGAAGAAAUCUGAAAUGAAUAAUAGUCGAUUACCUCCCAUCCUGAAUGAAACCUCUAAAUUGGGGAGCUCUUACCCAUUAAAGUCUUCAAAUGCAUUUUCUGGUUCUCCAAAAAAAAUGGUUUCUGCUUCUGUUCCGACUUCAAGAACAACUUCUCGAUCAACAUCUCCUGUCUCAAGUAUGCAGAGUCCACUGCCUUCAAUAACCACUCCACCUGUAUCUUGUCUCACAUCCUUGGAAAUGGUUGCUGAUGAAUCAAAGAAGAUGAAUGACAAUGCGAUGCAAGUUGUUAGACUGCAGUUGCAGGUACAGGAUCUUACACGCAAAGCUGGGCUUUUGGAGGCUGAGCUCAAAAGAACAUCAAAGCUCUUGAAAGAAGCUACAGCAAAAGCAGAGGAGGAAGCUGCAAAAUAUCAUGCUGCAAAUGAAGUAAUCAAGUCUCUUACCGUGCAGGCACCAAAGUCCAAUAGCCACCUGGCUGAUCCAUUGCCCAACAACACUACAGUACCAGAAGAGACAGAAUGGGUUGAACAGGUUGAACCAGGAGUUUAUUUUUCUUUUUACUCUCCCCCUGGAGGUGGAAAGCAUCUCAAGCGAGUACAAUUCAGUCGGAAAAAGUUCAGUGAACGACAGGCAGAGACAUGGUGGUCUGAGAAUAAAGUAAGGCUCCAGAGGCAGUACAUAAUCGCAACUGCAGAAAAAUCCAACAUGGACCUUGCUUCCACAUCUGACGGUAAGGAAAGCAUGAUUGACUAACAGUACUGAUGGACACAUUUCCCACCACCGGUAAUCUUCUUUUCUUAAUGGCUUGGUGGGUGCUGCAUAUGCUCCGUUGGCCUAUGAGCCUGAAAGCAGCGUCAACAGAGGUAAAGGGAGAUAAAUUGCAUAUUGAGUAUUCUGAUUCUUCUCCGCUGCUUUAGUUUUUGCAGCAAUUAUGCCCUCUGUUCCACUUGUGAUUUUUGCGCCUUAAAACCACAGGUCCGCAUGCAUUUCUUUGUCACAUGCUUUUCCUUUUAAAAAAGAAAAAGAUUCUCCAGCCAUCUAUUUUUUGUGCUGGGCCUCCGUGUAAUUCCGUAAGAUAGUUUUUAUUU